UCGCAGUCAAAGAACUUUUAAUAUUGAUUAAAACGGCCUAUACAUGUAUAAAUUCAAAAAAAUAUUGUACAUUUAAUACCGUGUUUAUUACAUGUGAUCCGAUUUCUCGAGAGGUGACUCAAUCGGUUUAUCAAGAGUUGACCCGAAUUAUCGAGAGUGAUCACCCUCCGGUGUCAUGGAUGAACAAGAGAGUUGACUAA